AUGGCUUACUCAAAAGAAGAAAGAAAAAAGAGAAUAAGGAAUCUUAUAAUAAUUGGAGUAGUAAUAGGGGCGGUAACUUCCGUGCUCACCGGUGCAUACGUAAUGGGAUACAUAGGAAAUGACAAGGGAAAGUCUAAAAAAGAAAAAGUCAGCGAAAAGAAAAGAACUACCACAAUGCAAAUGGCAGAUCAGAGAGAGCCCCAGACUCUAGAGUCUCUUCUUAUUUGGACGGCGUAUAGGGCAGGAAAUAACAGCUUUUUAGCAAGGCCAAAGCUGAAUCUUGAUGUUCAUGAUAAGAUCACAGUGGACAGCGAGAUAGAGACAGUCACGCAUAUUAGUAAGAUGGAGAGUGCAAUAGAAACUCUUUUAGGCGAAUAUAAGAAAUAUGCCGACAAAAAUCCUAAAAAAAGGCUGCCUAUAGUUAUACACAAUGUUAUUAAGAAAAACUACCACCUACGAUACAUACUUUCAAUACAGAGAGACCCAAUGGAAGCAUUGAAGACACUUAACCUGCUAGAUAAAAAUAACAAGUGUUCUGAAAAUAGUAUAAAAAAUGCAUUGAAUUGGCUUCUAAAGGGCCAUGAAGAAGGCACUAUAAGCAAAUUCAAAGAAGUACUUGAGAUGGACAUGGACAAAUGCCCAAUAGAAAACGAUAUAUAUAAGAUGGUAGAGGUGCUGCUUAAAGUUGUGGUUAGCAGUCCAUUUGUAGCGACUCGCCGGCGAGGACUAAAGAACAAGCAGUCUCUUAUUUUUAUCCUGAGGGAAAUAUUGUCGGACAUGAAAAAUCUGAAGUCAUACAUAAGUCUAAAGAACCAAUCUAAGGGGAUAAUUUCCAUGGCAAGGGGAAACACAACAGAAAGUAUUAAAAAGCAGAUUGAGAAAAUAGAAAUGUAUAGACAGCGACUUUUAAAUAACCAUAUGACAGAGGAAGAAAUCACCCUAGCCUCCAUGGUUUCAUUGGUGGGGCAUGUACAGAGAGCAGCUAAUAUUGACAAUGAGUCGUAUUUCAUAGAUCUUGUUCAAAAUAUAAAGGCAGUUAAAAAGAUGAAAGCAUUCAACACGCUUUCUAACAAAUCAGAAAAGACCGGAGAGUCAGGAGAAGAGUACGUUAAAUUCUUUAUUGAAUUUAUCAAGAACUACAUAGCAAUGCAUUCAACCAAAAAGAGUGCAGGUAUAUUCACUAAAUACUUAGAGCAGCAUGCAGAAGAUAUAGACAGAUAUGUAAAUCCAGCUAAAGCAGGAACUAACCCAGAGAUCAAAAGUUUAGGAACGCUGCUGAAUAUUUCAACGAAGAAAAUUCAAGAAAUUGAAGAAAUUUCUAAUUUCACAGACCGGCUAAUUACACUAAUCUGCCUAGAGACGGACUAUAUGAUGGGAAAAAACAGAGACAGAUAUAUUCUAUACGAGAUAUUAAACUGCUAUAGGGAGUUAAUGGCAACAGAAGUUAAAUAUAUAAAGGAAGAGGACAGAAUAGCCAAACGGUUGAUGAACAGUAGUAUGAUGAAGAACUUCAUGAAUGUUGAGAAAGUGCAGAAUCAAAAGCUAUACGCUGCUAAUAAGGAAGGUGUAUGGUGCAUUUUCCCUGAGAAUUUUAAAAAGGAUUCAGAUGAUAUAAGCACCAUUUCAAGAGCACUUGAGCAUCAAGCAGCUAAUCUUAGUAUGUCUAUGCUUAUAUUUGACGUUUUAGACAAAAAAACCAAAGAACCUGAGAAAAAUGAAUAA